AUGACCUGGAAUUUUCAGUUGAUGUUUUGGAACUGCUAUCGAAGGUGUGAAUUUCCCAGUCGAACAAGAUGCUCACAAGUAGCUGUUUUGUGACUUUCUUCACCAAAUAGAGUAGUUAAUGGAUAAAUUGGAAGGCCAAAAUAUGACAUAAAGGAAGAGACAUUGAUUGAGCUCUGUUCUCUGGGUUUCAGUUGGGAAGAUAUCGCUCGCAUGUUGCUUGUCUCACGCUGGACAGUUCACCGCAGAGUAUCCGAUUUUGGUCUCAACCACCUGACACGCUUUAGUGACGUCACUGAUGAACAAUUGGAUAGCAAAGUAAGUGCAUUCCUUAGAGAACAUGGCUGUUUAGUCGGUUCUUCAAUGGUUUUAGGCCAUUUGAGAUCUGAGGGGUUAAUAAUACAGUGAGAGCGGGUACGUAAAUGCCUUGCGCGUGUAGACCCUCACAAUGUCAGAAUACAUUGGGCAAUAACAGUGUGAAGACGAGCAUACUCAGUUGCUGGGCCAAACAGCCUCUGGCACUUAGAUGGCCAUCACAGCCUUGUUAAUUGGGGGUUUGUAAUCCACGGCGCAAUUGAUGGGUUUUCAAGAUUGGUGACCUUCUUGCACUGCUCAACAAACAACAGAAGUGAUACAGUGGAGGACUUGUUUUUGAAUGCAGAGAAUAGGCAAGUUUGGCAGUUGAUGGAAGAAAGAAGAUCAAACAGGGGAAGCUGCCUGGUAGGUUCUUCGACUCAUAAUCAGCUAAUUGAGUGCCCCCUGCACAAGUUUGCUCUUCAUUACAUCUAUCUGCCACGCAUAAACAGGGUACUCUCAAGUUUUACCUCUGCCUGGAAUAAUCAGCCAUUAAGAGCAGAAAAUAACUCGAGCCCCGAGAGGAUUUGGGUUAAUGGGAUGAUUAAUGUGAGAAAUCAUCAAUUGAUGGCGGUUGCUGAGAUUGUGGAAGAAGAGCCAUCUUUUUAUGAUUUAUCUUGGUAUGGCUAUGACCCUUCAGCACCUCCUCCUAUGGAUGAUGGACGUCCACAGUUAAUUUUGAGGAUGUAG